AGUUGGAUCGGUCGUCUCUUCCAGAUCACAAAUUCCACAGGAGAAAAGAUAAAACACAAGGACAAGCAAACAAUGGACGCCUCAAGUGAUGCCAGACUCGCCGAACAAAGUGCCCGCAGGGGCGCUGGACAUGGUGUCGUGAAUUCUCCCAACAUUCUUCGAUCGUCUCGAUCCAUGGAACAUCGCUCUCUUCCCGACGCCCAGUUGAGGCUCUUUCCCACGUACGAGGACGAAGAUGAUCGCCUGCAAACACUCCAUGAACAACCACAAAAUGAGCAAACUUUGGCGUCUCCAGUGACCGAGAAGAAGCCCCUCGCACUUCAGGUAGCUACGCAGCUCUCAGGACGGGACAUCAUGGCAGAUCUACAGUACACAGAACGAAAACAAGCAGAACGCAACCAUAUCAUCAUGCUGAACUUAUGAUAACUGACGCGAUUGGAAGUUCCAGCGCUUGCCGCUUGCACAGUUCUCAGAGAAUUUUGAAACAAAGAAAGUUGCCCCGAUAAACCAUUUGCAUAAAAAACAUAGAGAUACACAACAAAUCAAUCAUACGGUAUCCGCACUAUAUGCAGCCAAGCAUAUUGCUAGCUAGCUAAGGAAGAAGCCCUUGACAAUCGUUUCGCACCUUCAACUGGCCCACCAAACAAUCUAAGUCGCCCUCACCCACGAUCUUUCUACAUGAUACCAGGUAGCUGACCCAUCGGAAGAGAACGCAGUGGGUGUGGUUUCGCCAUGGUUGAACAGAAAUGUCCCAAACAAUGCCGACAAAUGCAACCGUCCAGAUUUCCACUCUGAGUAUUCGAAUGCAAAAUAGUAUAGUUCUUCCAUGGAUCCAGAGUCAUCCUUAUUUCGAAAUUAGCUGGCGACUUGACGACAGCUCCCUGCGUUCAAUCGAAGCUGGUAGUCAAGGCUUACCGGUACCAGAGGUCAAAGCGCAAAUGCAAUACAGGUAUUCCAUGCACCCAACGAGCUCUUGUACCGGAGGCCGUGACUGUGCCUACUCCCUCUACAGUAAUGAAUGAGCCGAGGGUGAAAUGAAAGGUAAACAGUGGUUGAUUGGACCUAGGAACAGCUGUGGGGUGUGGUAUGCAUAAUGCAAUGACGGCAUUUCGAUUUAGUAAAUCAUUCCUGCUAAGUAUUAAUUACACUCUUGAUUUGGCGUCUCACUACUUCUGCAGAUGAGGCUUCGACAUGCUCCCCCGCAAGUUUAGAGUACAACGUUGGAACCUCCACCUUCCCCCAGCAAGUAGAACAGACUGUCCAAGUCAUGGCUGUGGCAUGCCAAUGCGUUGAGCCAGACAGACGCAUUGGCAGGGCUGUCCAAUAGAGCUCGCCGGGUACCACAUUUGUUCAGAUAGCACAAGAACUCAAUCUGCCAUUGAAGACUCUUGUUGGUCGUGUCCAAAAGAACCUUUUGCAACCGGAGGUUAUGUUGUAGCAUUGUGACCAACGACGCAUAUCCCUGAUGCGUCAGUUUGGUGCCACAAUUGCGCAAGGUCAAACUCUCGAGGCAACUGGAACUUUGGUUGGAAGAAAGAACUCGGGCCAUGCCCUGGAGUGCUUCAUCGGUCAGUUCCACGUUCCACAAACUGAGUUCCUUCAAUUGAGAAUGCCGGCACAACGCCGCCAAGGAAUCGGGCUUGGCCACUACAGUAGUAGUGUUGAUGUUGGAGUCGUUGGAAGCGGAGAUGCGGAGUGACUCGAUGCGUGGGUUUUGCGCAAUGGCAUGGAGCAGUGGAUCCAGCGUAAUAAAGGCGGAAUCCAAUGAUGAUGAUGACAUAGUUAUUUGAAGAUUGUCCAGGGCGAGUUUUGUGAGGGAUGAAUGCUGGAGAAUGGCUUGGGCCAAUUGAAGCACUUCUUUGUGGCUAUUGAUUUGCAGAUUGCUAAGGGUCAAUGCCUGCAGUCGUUGGGCUUUGUUGAGAACACUAGUCAACACAGGCACUGUCAAGCACUGUGACGACCACACCGUAAAGCUCUGCAGCAGAGGGAAUUGUGCAAUGGCAUCAUAGAGACAGCUCAUUUCCUCACUGGAGAAUCUCGACAGGAUGUUGUAAAUGGAGAUUUCUUGAAGAUCGCGUUGACCGCGAACCGUCUCGAGUAACUCGCCAAACCGGAGUUCCAGAUUGCUUUCUGUGAGCCACAGAUGGGGUCGGGCGUCUUGGAUCAAAACUCCAUUGAUGGCGGGGUUGCUGCUUUCAGAGGCUUCCUGUUGAGAGUUGGCUACAGCAGGAGAAGACUGGCGUUUCCAAUUGCACCGUCUGGGACGUCUUCUUGCUGGAAGUGUUGCGUUGAUCACGGCGCGAGAAGGGGCCAUUGUGUGAGAUUAUUUGGAUUUGUUUCUUUUCUAUAGAUUGUUUUUUGAUUUGCUGGACAACAAUGUUAUGGAAGGAGUAAGGGAUCAAUGGAUAGUCUAAUUGUGUUG